AUGACGGGGCAAGAAACACAUGAGCAAAACAAUGUUGAGAGUGGUAACCUGGAGGAGCAACAAUACCUGGAUCUCUGUGAGCGGAUUAUUCGAGAAGGUGAACUGAGACCAGAUAGAACUGGGACGGGGACAUAUUCUUUAUUUGCACCACCUCAGUUGCGUUUUGAUCUGAGGGAUGAUGUAUUCCCGUUGCUGACAACUAAAAGAGUAUUUACUAAAGCGAUAAUUUUGGAGUUGCUGUGGUUCGUUACAGGGUGCACAGAUGGGAGGAAGUUGUCUGAGCAAGGUGUGAGAAUCUGGGAUGGUAAUGGUUCGAGGGAGUACCUUGAUUCGAUUGGCCUUCAUGAACGUCGUGUUGGUGACCUUGGGCCUGUAUAUGGUUUCCAGUGGCGGCACUUUGGGGCCGAGUACAAGACAUGCGAUGAUAAUUACAGCGGACAAGGUGUAGAUCAACUUAUAGAAGUGAUUCACAGGCUGAAACACAAUCCUUAUGAUCGCAGGAUUAUCAUGUCUGCAUGGAAUCCUGUAGAUUUUCCAAAGAUGGCGUUGCCUCCUUGUCAUGUGUUUUCACAAUUUUACGUUAGUUUCCCCGGAGGUGAGGGCUCUGUGCCUAGACUAUCAUGUUUAUUAUACCAACGAUCAUGUGACAUGGGUUUAGGCGUGCCUUUUAAUAUUGCAUCUUAUGCUUUAUUAACUAGGAUGAUCGCUAUGGUAUGUGAUAUGGAACCGGGGGAAUUCAUUCACACAAUGGGCGACGCACAUGUAUACAAAGAUCAUGUAGACGCACUAAAAGAACAGUUGAGUAGAAAUCCGAGGCCCUUUCCCAAACUAAAGAUAAAGAGGAAAGUAACAGAUAUUGAUGACUUUAAAUUUGAAGAUUUUGAAAUCACGGAUUAUAAUCCGCAUGGCAAGAUUCAAAUGAAAAUGAGUGUUUAG